AUGGACAGUUGUCAUGACAUCAAACCAACAAAAGCAAGCAUCUUGGACUUUCUGUGUGGCGUUUUAACAAUUGAUCCACCAAGUUGUUCCAAGAGCCACUAUGAUUUCAAAUCAUUAACCGAGACGGACAUCUUUAACCUGGUGACAGCCAAUAUCCCGAGUGCAAAGGAUUCGAUCACUGCUAACCAGAUAAGUAAAUGGAUUAAGAAUGAUGGGUCUUUUGGUCAAUCCAAAUCCAUGCGUCAAGGGUAUAACGUGAUUAAAGCAAGGAAAUUAUGGGUGCUGAAGCCCGGAUUUGGAAUAGGAGAUCAUAUGAAAAAAAUAUUCAACCGCAGGUAA